CCGUACCGCCCGCCAUAUCCACACCCAGCUGUAGAGAAACAACUUCCCUCUACGAUCAUUGCCGUACGCACCAUGGAGGAGCUACAGUCGACCUUUAAAAGCCUAAAUUUAUAUGAUAUUAAGGCUGCCGUCCGAAAGGCGCAGAAUAUCGUCAUGAACUAUACCUCUAUGGAGGCUAAAGUCCGUGAAGCAACAAACAAUGAGCCCUGGGGUGCCAGCUCUUCGUUAAUGCAAACCAUUGCCCAAGGAACCUUUAAUUACACUCAACUUAAUGAAAUUAUGGGCAUGAUUUACCGACGUUUCACCGAAAAAACUGCUGAGGAAUGGCGUCAGAUCUACAAAGCAUUGCAGCUGCUUGAGUAUCUGAUCAAACAUGGUUCUGAACGAGUCAUCGAUGACGCUCGUGCUCACAUUGCAACUAUAAAAAUGCUUCGAAACUUCCAUUACAUUGAUCACAAGCAACAGGAUCAAGGUCUGAACGUGCGUAAUCGUGCCAAGGAGGUCAUUGAGUUGUUGAACGACAACGAUCGUUUGCGCAAGGAACGUAAGAAGGCUCGUCUCAACAAGGACAAAUUCAUUGGGGUCAGUAACCACGGCGAAACGUUUGUUCCUAGCAUCCAUGGUCGUCAUUCUAGUCGCACUCGUAUGAUGGGCUUUGGUUCUUCGAGUUUCGGUAGCAGCGGUACGUCGCGCAUUUACGGUGACGGCGGUGGAUUUUCUGAGAGUGGAUCUACAUACCAUGACACUGUCGAUGAUGCACGUUCUGAAUACAGCGAGGAUGAAACACCUGCUCCUUCUCGUGCCAAGUCUAGACAGCAUAGUCGUCAUACGUCUAUCGCCAGAAGAUAUGCUUCGGCUCCCAAUAAACGGUCAACGGAAACAUCUAGCUCGACGAAAUCCACUCCGGCCCAGGCGCCUCAAUCAGCUAUGAUCGAUCUUGUUAGUUUGGACGACACGCCAACCGUGAACUCGUUCGCACCUUUUAAGUCGGCUACCACAACGACGAACACGGCUGAUGCUUUCGAUGACGAUGGAUUUGGUGAAUUUCAGAGCUCUACUGUUGCGGCUGCGGACGAGGAUGAGUUCGACGAUUUCCAAAGCGCUCCCAUUGCUAACACGCAACCUGCAUCCUCAUUUUCCACAACUAUGCCUGCAUUUUCCCAACCAUCUUCCACAGCACAAACACCCGCAAUGAAUUUGCUUUCCGCGACAUUCACUUCCCCUUCUGCUAACACAAUGACAACCACGACGUUCAACUCGAAGCCAGCUACGACAACGAAGACCUCUAGUUCUGUGGAUGCCUUUAGUAACUUAUGGUCUUCUGCCAAAAAGUCUAACCCCAUAAACAAUAACGCGAAGACGCCCAGCACACCAGUAAUCAACACGAGUACUCAGUCCAAUGCACCUCCUUCUAACUCUCAUAUGACUGAUCUACUUCUUUGAAAAUAUAUCCCAUUGGAUAUAGUCAGCGAUUUGGUCAUUGAAUACUUUCAUGUGCGUUUACAGGUGAUACGUUCAUAUUGUUUGGGUGCAUGAAACAAAGCAUCGUAGACAAUAGGAAUCUGCGGUUCCUGACUCUUUGUUUGACCUAACAAUUGCUCGCACCUGAUGCACUUUUUGAGAAUGAAUAACAGAAAAUAUAAUUUUAGCCGAUUUCGUUUUAUUCUAUAUUUGAUUUACGGUAGUUCUGA